AGUAUAAGUUCUGACGUCGCGACGCCCCCGUAGUUAUCGAUUCGGAAUAAUCGACGCUCCAGCGUGAACUUUCGACGAAGGUGAAAGUCAUCUCGCCUUGUUCCUUUUUUAUUUGUCUCUGUUAGUAUUCUUCUUUCGCACGUGUUUCGAUUACUUUUUUGUGACUGGUGUUAGUUGCUGUGUUUGGGCAAUUCCGACAUUUCUUAGCUUUUCAACGAUGCCGUUUAGUUAAUGCUUUAAGCCAUUAGCGAUCUCUAAUUCUGCAUAAUGGAAAAAACCAAAUGGCACGACCGUCUCUUCGGUAAAAAGCUAAUAAAAUGCGACUCUGUGAACACCAACUCUAACUCCAACAACUUCGAGCUUAUCUCUACCAGCGAAGCUCUCCAAAAUGUAAAUAUUACGGGCGUUUAUUUUUCUUUCGCUAAUAUUAAUCUUCAAAGUGACGAGUUUAUCAACAAACUGAAAGAUCUCCACGAAAGGCUAAAAAGUGGUAGUUGCAAUGAUGAGAAAAAAUUUGAAGUUAUACAGGUUGUGAUGUGGUCACAUAACGAUAAUUACGGCGAUAUCGAAAGUAGCCACCGGGAGAGCUUGAUGGGAUUACCAUGGUUUGCCAUGCCUUUUAGUGAGAUCGAUUUGAAGACAAGGCUAUCCAGACGUUAUAGAAUAAAAUCUGGUGUUCCAACUCUAGUUUUACUUGGUAGAGACGGUAGUACAGUGAGUGUAUCGGCACAAGAAAAACUUCUAGAAGAUCCCUAUGGUAUAAACUUUCCAUGGAGACCUAGACCAGUGGAUCAGGUUCUAAAAGAUGUAGUGUUGCAACCUGGAGGUACGUUUUAUUCUGAACAUAAAAAUUUCACGAAAGAAGAUAUUCGGUUCGAAGAUUUGCCUGAUGGAAUCAAGGGAUUCUAUUUCUCGGCAAAUUGGUGUCCACCUUGCAGAGCGUUUACUCCACAACUAGCAGAAAUAUAUACGCUUAUAAGAAAGAAAGAACCCAACUUUGAAAUAAUUUUUGUUAGCAGUGAUCGGAGUGCCGAGUCUUAUCGAGCAUAUGUCGAAACAAUGCCAUGGAUUUCAGUACCGUUUCAGCAAACAGCAGUGCGAGCGGAAUUAGCACAAUUAUAUGGAAUCAGAGGAAUUCCAACGUUGUUACUAUUAGACAGUAAUGGUCACAUAAUCACCAUGGAUGCUAGAACAGAAGUGGCGGAAGAUCCUUCAGCACAGUAUUUUCCUUGGAAGCCCAGACCUGUCAAUAUACUAACUGAACGGUACUUAACAAAAUUAUAUGAUUUUCCUGCAAUAGUACUUUUUGUUGAUGGUGAAGAUACAGAAGUACAAUUCGCCGAAUCAGUUUUGUCUCCAGCAGCUGAGAACUACUACAAAAUGAAUAACAUCAACUUCAAUUCAGUCCAAGAAGACUUUUUCCUAAGUCUUGAAGAAGAUCCUUGCGUUCAAUUUUUAAUUGGAGUUGAUAGUGAAUCUUCGGAUAUUUUGAGAGACAUUGUAGGUUUAGAUGACGUUUUUCCUCUUUUAGUAGCUAUUGAUUUACCCAAAAAAAAGGUGGCCGUAAUGGAAUACGGAAUAGAAAUUAAUAAUGAAAGUGUUGAAAAUUUUGUUAAAAAUAUGUUGAGGAAUGAACUACCAUUUGUUGAUAUUAUUGAAGAUAAAAUGGAAGCUGGAAUCGAGAAAGCGCUAAAUGCCGUAUGAAAUAGUUGAAUAAUAAGUUGUGAUUAGAUGACGUGCAGUUUUCAUAAAUAUACUAGUUUAUGGUUUAUAUGACUUAGUGACUAAGAACAAGCUCCAUCUUUUUCUAUUCCGAGUAGAGUAGUUCUUCUUUAGAGUAUAAUACAAGUCUAAAGGUCAUUAUCUUAUAAUAGGACCUCUGAUACAACAAUACAAAAA